GUCUGGGCUUAGUUGUCGAUGGAUUGGUCCUGGCCCAAACUCUGCACUCCUCUCUUCCCUUCACUACCCUUCUCAGUUCUUGGAGGUUUCCUAAUCCUAACCGGCCACGGUAAAUCCCUGCUCUUCUCUGCAAUAUUAGGACUGCCGGACGCCGGUCGACUGACUGAUUCUACUUCCUUUUUCCUGCGUCGAGUUGUGGAGCUGAAAGAAGGAAAGAGAGAGAUGGAGAGAAUCGGAGUUUACAGCGACGGUUGCAGGCGUCUGAGGGAGUUACUUCCACCGCAAGCCAUCACAGAGGAGCGAUUAGGGCAAGCGAUGGACUUCCUCGACGACGUCAGGGCUCGGUUGCACGGGAAACCUGGAAACUACCGGACCUUCUGCAGAGUUUUGGAGAAUCUCACCGGUUCGCCCAUCAGAUUGAUAGACGGCGGCCACGACCUGCCGCCGCUCCGACCUGAAGAUCUGCUCUGGAUUGUCAGGAAAAUCCUCGAGGGGCAAGAGGAUUUGAUUGAAAAGUUCAAUUCUUAUCUUCCGGUCAAUCCGAUGGUUUCUGUCAUAAAACCCGCAGCGGCGGAGGCUAUGGCAGUUAGGCCUGCUAUGGAGGAGAAGGCGCAGCCGCGAGAGCUGCCUUCUGCAGCAGCGGCGGCGGCCAUGGAGGAUUCCGCCGGGAUCAAGACGUUGAGUGCCUGCCAAGGAACUCAGCCGGCUAGUGGGGUAGACAAGCUUUUUGACCAAGUUUCCAGAGUGCGUAACACGGAGGAUAUCCUGCACAGAUUUCUGCCGGCGGUUGCAGGAGCAGAGCCGCCAGAGUCUGCGACUCCUCUGUUUCCAUGUGCAGGCGGCUUAGCUCGCAGAGAAGAAGGAACUUGUAAUAGGAAGGAGAAUAACGAUGAGACCAGAAAAGCAGCUCCAGUUGUUUCAGAAGUAGAUGAAAAGGUGAAGGAGAAAUUCACCAGUGAAAAGAGCCGAUGUCUGGGUUGGAUUCAGAGAAGCCAGAGGAAAGCAUCAUCAUCUUCAGAGAUUUACCAGCAGGUCCUGCCUAACCUGUAUCGAUUAAGUUUCGACAAGCCAAGAUCGGUCCCUGACGUCACUAAAGAAUGCAGCAGGGUUCCGAGGCCAGAAAUGGAGAAGAGGAAGAGACCCGAUGAAUCAGAACAGAAAUGCAGCAGCAGGAUGAGGAGGAUUUCUGUUACCACCCCGGAGAAGGAGAAAUUCAAAGCUGCCAUGCCCCAGCAUCCACAGACAGUUCAGAAACCAGACUUCAAUAGGCGGCGGCUGGACAAUGCUCAGGUGGUGGAGGAAGAUGUGGACGAGCUGAAGGAGUGCCUCCUGUCCGCUGCUUGUUACAUCGACGAAAGAAUGAAUGGAACCAACGAGGAUGAUCGUGAAGACGGAGAGAUUCGUGGAGGAAAGGGUCGCAUCCAUUUCCUGAGAUGCGUGGAAGCGAUGUACAGUGAUAGAGGGCGGGAAAUGGUAGAGAUGAUUGAAGCAGAGCCGGAGAAGCUGCUGCAUAUGGUGAGGAGACGACUGCAUCAGAAGAUAGGGGAGGUGGAAAUCGCCAGCGAGAAGCAGGAGGUCUACCCAAUGGCCACGAGAUGAUCACCGUCGGAGAUGGGCAAGAAACAGAAUAGUGAUCGGCUAUGUCAAUGGAAAAGGAGAAAGGCAAUUGAAGAGCAAACUACACAUAUGUUGCAUUUCUCAAAACAAUCUUCUCAGAAACAAGGAAAAAAGAAAAGUCGACUGUAAUACCAUUCGUUUUCUUUUGCCAUGAAUAUUCUGAAAUAGAUACACAAAAGUAACAAGAAUUUUUAAGCAACAUUCGCAAAAUAGCUAAAAGAUACACAAAGCAUUAGACUAUAAGUUCGUUGGUAAAGUUAACGAUAGAUUAAACAGUGAACUGAAGAAGACAAAUCAAACAUCCCACACUUUCAUUUCCUAUUAACGAGUCAAAAACGGGCUCCUACCUAAGGAACCAAAAGAGUAAAAGACAUUGAAGUUGAAAUUCCUAUGGGCUAUGGAGGUAGGUGCUCCAAUUAGAAACUGGAAAACCAAAACAUUGCACCUGUGUAAGAAUACAAGUACACUUUACAGAGACGAAUUGCAAACUUUUUACGCAAGGUUCCUGUGAAUCACGAUUCUAAAAACUCCGCAGAUUGCACUGUCCUCACAAGCUCCUUCAAAUUAGCCAAUACAUGGCGUGGCCCUAAACUUUUGACACCAAUGUAAUUCAAGAGCUGCUCCAAAUCCUACAAACAUCAUCAAGACAUGCGUAGUAGCAUUGAGGACCAAGAGACCAGCUUUAGAAAGAAACACAGAAACAUGUUGGCACGGCAUUAGUGCCUCACUGAUGUGCUAUGCCUCACUGAUGAAAGCACGUCAGGAAUUCAUUGUCAAUUUCAAGCUUGAUCAUUUGAUAAUAAUAAGACUUGUCAUUCCAUCCUUUCAAAGCAAGCAAACAAAAUGUUUAAAAAAUAUAACUAAAACUAAGGAUUAACAAUGGCGCUCAGAAGUUCACGCGAAUUAAAGGGUUUCCCAUUUCAAGAAAAAAGAACAAGGGGCUUCACCAGAAACACAGGAAACCCAAGACUGCAAACGAGUGACUAACCUUGUUCAAUAGGAAUACAGCAUAAGCUGCUCGUGUUGUAUCUUGACCAUCUAGAAAAAGGGGGAAUUCAACAGGCUUCACAUUGGAUUGAGAUGUUGUACUUGACGACCCCAUUGAUGAUGAUACGGGCUCUAUUGAAGGUGAAGGAUCAAUGAUAUAAGAAUGAGAACCACCCAAGCGCACAGGGUAACGGAUGGGAACUUUUAAGUAUGAGGAUAUAAGUGACACAGCCUGCAUAAAAACCCAAAGCAAUAAAGAAACCUUCUGGAUAACGGCCUAAUCAACAAAAAGUACGUGAUUUUUUCCAGAAGAAAUAACUAAGACCAUGGCUUUCCAAAAGUAGUUUGUGGUCUGCAGAAACAUGCCCAGCCAAAGUAAUUCCUUCAUUAGACCAUUAACUUCUAGAAAAAUGUUUACGGGCUAUCUUUCAUGUAUCAAUUUUAAUAUGAUUCGGUUAAGAUUAAUAUCAACUAUAGAUAAAAGUAAAUGUCGAAGACAUAUCAUAGAAAACGAAAACAUCAAGGACAAAUUGGCGUAGCAGUAAGUUGAGCAGAGAGAUAGAACACACAUGAGCAACAUAUCCUAGGGCUGUUGCAGACCUCUGGACCUCCUUCUUAUUGGAGAAAAAGCUCAUCUUUGUGAAAGGAAGCAUAGUCAGAUGCAGACCUAAAAUGGUCAAGGAUCCUGGGUUUACAAGUUUAGAUCCAGCAUAGCUCCCUGAGAAAAAGGAUGGUGAAGGUAAAUAAUUAAGACACAAGUCAUGGUCAAGCUUCACAGCUAAGACAUGCAUUAACCAAGCAAACUAAGAACCAGUGAUCAAUACACAUCCAGAAGCUACGUUUUUUACUAUUCUUUUCCACCGUUUGGUGUAUCUAUCUUGAAUUAGAGUAAGAAUCAAAUCACGGUUCGAGGCAUCAGAAGGAAACUGUAAUCAAGAUUGUAAUAAGAG